CUUCCCUCAAAAUUCUCCAAAAUGGAGCCUCUCACAACUUAUCCUUUAAAAUAUUCAGUGCCCAAAGCCAGGGUGUUUGCUGUUUUCCUGUCGAUGGUUUUGUGUACAGUAAUGCUCUGUCUGUUGCAGCUCAAAUUCUUAAAACCUAAAAUCAAAGAUUUUUAUUCUUUUGAAGUGAAGGAUUCCAGAGGGAGGACCGUUUCUCUGGAGAAGUACAGAGGCAAAGCGACUUUGGUUGUAAACGUGGCCAGUUACUGCCAGCACACAGACAAAAAUUACAUCGCGCUGCAGGAAUUACACAGAGAGUUUGGUCCGUCCCACUUCACUGUGCUGGCCUUCCCGUGCAAUCAGUUUGGAGAAUUGGAGCCUAGCUCAAGCCAGGAAAUAGAAUCUUUUGCCAAGGGAAACUAUGGAGCAACUUUCCCUAUUUUCCACAAAAUUAAGAUUCUGGGAUCUGAAACAGAACCUGCAUUUAAAUUUCUGAUAGAUUCUUCAAAGAAAGAGCCUAGGUGGAAUUUCUGGAAGUAUCUCAUCAACCCAGAAGGUAAACUUGUGAAAUUUUGGACACCUGAAGAGCCAAUAGAAAACAUCAGGCCAGAAGUAGCAUCCCUGAUCAGGCAGAUCAUCAUGAAAAAGAAAGAAGAUCUCUGAAAAGGCCAUUCAGUCUGUGAAUCCAUUUUACCACAUGUAUAGACAAUCUUAAUACAUUCCUGUUAAAUGAUGCUAGAAGCUAGACCAUCAAGUGUUUUAAUUUCUCUUUGGUUUUAAUGGCAGUACUGAGAAUAAUUAUAAAUUAUUUAAGCAGUAAUAUAGGGCCCAAUCCUGCAACAUGCUGAGCGCCAAUAAAGUCAAUGAGAGUUGCAAGGCACUCAGCACUUUGCAGGAUCAGACCCUUAGUUUGGCAUAAAGUUGCUAAUGUUCCCUGUAAGUUCACACUGCUGCCAAUGGUUAAUAAUGUCACCAACAUGAAAAUGCUUAAAAAAGAAGACAGAGGAUUUGUAUGAAUAUGAAGUUGACUAAUUUAUCAAGCUAAGAGCUUUGUUUCCCAGCUACUUGUAACAAGUGUUAGGGUUUUUUUUAUAUUUGAUUGCCAAACAUGAAACUUCUGUGACUGAAUUACUUUAGGGCCAUUGUAUCAAUCCAGAAGCAUCACACCACAGUAGUUAAAACUGAAUGCCACUGAAAAUACCAGCUUUGCUACAUUAACAGAGGAAGGUUGAUGAAUUGUGAAAAUUACAAACUAAGUUUAAAAAAAAUUGUAAAUAGAUAGUUCUAUGAAGAUUGUUUAUUAAAAAAGAGAAGAAUUACAAAAUGGUUCCUACCCUACAAUGUGUGUAUUUUGAUAUAUUUCACACAAUGUUCUGUGACACUGUGCAGUCAUACACACUGAGAGCAUUCGGGAGAAUCUAACACUAAAGCAAUUAUAAGAUCAGCCCCUAUUUUAUUUGGAGCUAGGCAAACUUAGCUUACUAAACUUUGUGACUCAAGCAGCAGACAAGCUGGGAUUCAUCAGGCAUUGGUGGCUGGAUUUUACAGUCUGAGACAAAGGAUAAAUUACUAGAAUAAUUCUAAGAGCAGAUAUGCCAUAGUAAAUAUCACGUCUGAAAGAGCUGAAGUGUAAUGAUGAAUAAAGAUGGCUGGUUAUGUGUGG